UUUGUUUGUAAACAUUUAAACACAACAGUUCGCUUAUCGUUUGGGUUUUUUUUUGUGCAAAAUAACUUUGUAAGACGGCACUAUUCAUCACAUAAACGAACAUAUUUCGUUUCUUUCUGACGACUUUACUUGAAAAUCAACCUCCACUAUGGCCGAAAUUACGGUGAAAACGGAGCCCGGUUACGAAAUGCACUCCUCCCUGGAGGAUCAGCAAACGCAGCAGGAGGAAUCUAAGGCCACGACUUCUUUCUGUUACGAAACUGUGACGAAGGAAGAAGUAAUACUGGAAGACGAAUUUGUUUCACCAGAAGAGGAGAGCGCAACCAAGCAAGAUAUGUUUUGCGAAGAAUGCAACAAAUCGUUCACAAAUCGAGCGCUUUUCAGAACUCACAAGUAUAAACAUAAGGUUGUCAAAGAGGGAAAGUAUACCUGCCAAAUCUGCGAUAAGUGCUUUAGAGACAAAUAUGCUCUGACCAUUCACCUGCAGGGCAUUCAUCUGGUGUCCAAGCUCACUAAAAACAAAAAGAACGAAGAAUUGAACGAACCGGAUGUUAAACAGUUUCCAAAAACCAUCACGAACGAAAAUGGACAAUUCAAAUGCACCGAGUGUGACGAGAGAUUUGAGUUCCAGUACCUGCAGCAGCGACACAUUCGAAGGCAUUCGGCAUUGAAGCAAGGGUUGUACAAGUGCGAAGAGUGCAAUAAGGCCUUUGCUACGCCCAGUGAAAUCAAAAGUCACCUCAAACGAGCUCACGAGAAACAUGCACAGAAGAGUUCGGAAGUUUCCGUGCAGGAAGAGGAUGGAGUGUUUAUCUGCAGUAAAUGUAACAGGAAGUUUGAGGAGCGACACUUGUGCCAGCAACAUAUUUUGAGACAUUUGGCACUGAUGAAGGAACGGGUUUUCACUUGCUCCAAGUGUCCUAAGAAAUUCAUAUCAGAAAAAUAUCUCGAAAAACAUGAAGCAUGGCACGAAGUUAAAGCAGCUCGUGUCGAACAAUGUGAAAUGGUGAAAUGCGACGAGUGUAACAGGGAAUUCCGAAAUAAGCUCCUGUUGUCUCGACAUAUUCGCAGGCACAAGCUCAUAAAAGAAGGCAAAUUCCUUUGCGAGAUUUGUGACGCGCGAUACACAGCCAAGCGGCAGUUGAUGAAACACGCAGAGAAGCAUAAGAAGAAUCCGUACCUGCCGUCAUUCGAGCCUCCCGUUGUAAUUGAACGGAACAACCACAGCGCGUUCAAGUGUCCGGACUGUGGCAUGGUAUUCACCGUUCGACGUGCGUAUGACAAUCAUGCGCAGAGGCAUGUAAAUUUACGAAAUGGCACGUACAAGUGCGACAUUUGUGAGAAGGUGUGCGGAUCAGAAAACAAUCUGUACAAUCAUAUGCGGCGCCACCGAAUUGGCGAAAUAAAGGAAAUUUCUGAGCCGAGAGAUCUUCCGUUUGAUUGUCCCAAGUGUGAUAAGAAGUUUGGCAAGAAGCAUCUUUUGAAAAGACACACCAAAGUGCACGAGGCGAUAGAAAAGGGUCUCUACAAGUGCAAGACUUGUUUGAAGUACCUAGGAUCAUCUGCCUCGCUUGCGAUACACGAACAGGGACACACUGGCAAGACCGCAAAGGAUUAACACGUUCUGGAUGUUACUGAAUCUCAGUCGCUCAAAGAAUUACGUCGAAAUGCAAACUUAAUUAAAAAUAAAUAUAAUUCAUUGAGAUCAA